GACACAUGCCCGGCGCCUCUCUCUCUCUCUUGCAGGUGAGAGAGACACUCCCGCAAUAUAAAACCUACAGGGGCUUUGAAGAGGAGGACAUGCAGCUCCUCCAAACAUAACAUCUCAUCACCUUUACAGGCGAGAAGAAAGGGAAAUCAUGUCUAUGACCGCAUCACCGGCGGGACCGGGAUAGAGAUUUUAGCUUCAAGUCUACAUGGAUCGGGUUGAUCGCUUCCAUUGCUCGAGAGCCCAUUCUAGAAUAAUCUGUGCAGUAAUAGUGGAUGCGAGUCGCGCGCGGUGACACUGAUUAUAUAACCAAAACGAGGAAAGCAGAAUGAUUGCACUGUUUUAGACGACUGAGUCUGACACAAAUUAAAUAAAAAGCAGCCUAUAUGAACGAUAUGAACGAAUUAACAACAAUGGAGUUUGACUUGAGCUUGCUGCAUUUGCUAAAGGCCAACCUUUCUCUCUGGCCCUGACCACCAGUCAGCCAGACACAAGGUUCUUAAGGUUCCCAUGACCACAGCUCCCCAUGGCCUGUAUCACUGAGACCCGCGCCCUGUCCCCCUCCCUCUCAGAGUUCAACACCCCCCUCUCAGAACACACCCCUCCCUUCCGGAACCAGCUGGACGAGUCCCCCGCCUGCACCCCUGAGAUGGAUCUGACCCCCACCCAGUGUGUCCUGCGGAAUGUACUAUCCAUCGAUACCGGGGGUGCUCCGGAGUCUGAGGGCGGGGGAGGUGGAGGAGGCGGCCAUAAUGAAGAACACACCUGCGAGGGACACAGCCCCACGCCGAGCGAAGAACAGCAGGAGCACUUUGCCAACAGCGUGCUGAAGCUCCGUGAGAAUGGGGAAGGAGGGGGGAGGGGAGAGGGCCAGGACGCGGAGGAAGGUGCGGUCCAGAGCAAGGCUGAUGAUGUGAGACUGCUGUCGGGAGGAAGUGGAGGGUUUCUGGAGGGACUGUUUGGGUGUCUGAAGCCAGUCUGGACCAUGAUCGGCAAGGCCUACUCCACCGAACACAAACACAACCUGGAAGAGUUGUGGGAGGUACCGUUUGAGGACAUCUCAGAGCUGCAGUGGGUGGGCAGCGGGGUCCAGGGGGCUGUCUUCCUGGGGAAACUCCACGGACAGGAAGUAGCUGUGAAGAAGGUUCGAGACAUCAAGGAGACAGACAUUAGACACCUGAGGAAGCUCAAACACCCCAACAUCAUCACCUUCAAGGGUAUCUGCACCCAGGCUCCUUGCUACUGUAUCCUAAUGGAGUACUGUGCACAGGGCCAGCUGUAUGAGGUGCUAAGGGCGGGCAGGAAAGUCACCCCCUCCCUACUCAUCGACUGGGCCAUGGGCAUCGCUGGGGGCAUGAACUACCUUCACCUCCGCAAGAUCAUCCACAGGGACCUCAAGUCACCCAACAUGUUGAUUACGUACGACGACGCAGUGAAGAUCUCAGACUUUGGCACAUCUAAGGAAAUGAGUGAUAAGAGCACCAAGAUGUCGUUCGCCGGUACGGUCGCCUGGAUGGCCCCGGAGGUCAUCAGGAACGAACCCAUCUCAGAGAAGGUUGACAUCUGGUCGUUUGGUGUGGUACUUUGGGAGAUGCUAACAGGAGAGGUGCCGUAUAAAGACGUGGACUCCUCGGCCAUCAUCUGGGGAGUGGGCAACAACAGCUUGAACCUGCCCGUCCCAGAGAGCUGCCCAGAUGGAUUCAAAAUACUGCUGCGACAGUGCUGGAGCUGUAAGCCCAGGAACAGACCUUCUUUCCGUCAGAUCCUCCUACAUCUGGAUAUCGCUUCAGCUGACCUGUUGUCUACCCCACAGGAGACAUACUUCAAAUCUCAGGUGGAGUGGCGAUUGGAGGUGAAGCAGCACUUUGAAAAGAUCAAGUCUGAGGGGACCUGUAUACACAGAUUGGAUGAGGAGAUGAUCAUACGACGCAAAGAGGAGCUCAGGCAUGCCCUGGACAUCCGUGAGCACUACGAGAGGAAACUGGACAGAGCCAACAACCUCUACAUGGAGCUCAAUGCCGUCAUGCUACAGCUGGAACUCAAGGAGAAAGAGCUACUCAAGAGGGAGCAUUCCCUGGAUAAGAAGUACCCAGUAUGCGUCAAAAACCACAGCUCCAGACAAGAACGCUCAUCCAACUCCAUGGAGAAACUCAUCAAGAAACGCAACAUACCUCAGAAACUGGCCUCUCACGCCAGGAGUAGGCCAGACCUGCUGAAGUCAGAGGUGAUCCUCCCCAAACUGGACUCCUCCAUGACCCAGGUGACCAUCCCCUCUUGCCCCCAGAAGGGCUCCACGUCCCCGGGAAGGUCGCGUCGGGCCAAGCCCCGCUACAGGAAGGCUGGGAAGGGCAGCAGUGGAGACCUGGCUGGGCUGAAGGCAGCCCUGUCCUCUAACCUGGGCUUGGCUAAUACUAUGUCACUGACCACCACCACCUCCACACCCAGCAGCAAGCAGCACCUGGACCCCAGCGCAGCCCUGAGAGGUCUACAACAUGACCUGCUGCUGAAGAAGAUGUCCUCGUCCAGCCCAGACCUUAUCUCCACCGAUCUGGAGGCAGAGGGCCGCCGCAAGGGACAGGAGAAGCCCGGCCUGGAGAGAGGGGGCAGCCAGAGCGCCUCUGCUGGCCUGGGAGGAAGAGGUGGAGGAGGGACAGACGAUCAGACCCCAAUGCGUAGUGACACCCCCAGCGAGGACGCGGCCUCCAUCCCGUUCUCCAGUAGCCCAGAUUCGCCCUGUGGGAGGGGGGCGACAGCAGGGAGGGGGUCGAUGCUGGGAGGCCCAGGGAGAAUGCCCCAGGAUGAGGAGGAGGAGACGGGAAUCAUAAGGUCACCCAGGUGCUAUCUCACACCUGCAGCACUGCUCUACCGGAAACAAGUCACACGCAAACAGAGAUGUGGUGUGUCGUCAGAGGAAGAGGAAGGGGAGGUAAACAGGGAGGUGGAGUUACCACGGAGACGUCGGCCAGUGAGCAUCAACAAGUGCCAGUCCCUGUCCACCUUCAGCUCUGAGAACCUGUCACCAGUGUCCGUGUCGGACGGAGAGGAGGGCAACACCAGCGACCACUCCCACAGUGGCACGCCCGACGUGGUCAGCACCAACACAGAUGAGCGGCUGGACGACAAGAGUGACGACCUUCUGUCCCAGGGGUCGGAGAUCUCUGUCGACCCUACCCUUGACCCAGCCGAAGGCCUAUCAGAGGAGGCCACCAUCCGCCAGGUCAAGACCGAGCUCAACUCAGAGCAGAACUAUGAGGGCCUGUAUGAUGACUCUGAGUGUGACAGUGCUGAGCUGCACAGAGCCCCAGCCCCAUAGACCCCCAAGCACCAACUGGUGAGGUGGCCAGCCCCCCCCCCCC